ACCGCCAUCGUCGAGACGCGCGCCGCUCUCCCUCUCCCUUUCUGCUCCGGCGCCCAUGGCGAGAACCAACAUCAACGUAGUCUUACUCUUCUUCCUCAUCGCCCUCUCGCCGUGCAUACGGGCGUUCUCGAUCGCAGACACGCCAGAGUUUCUCGCCACAUCGGUCUUCAAUUCCAAAUCCGAGAAGAGCUGGCUCUGGGGAUGGGCGUGGGGCGCCGAGAGCACCGUCUCUGUCGUCGACCGCACGCCCGCGGUGCGAUUUGCGUCCAGACCCGCGGCAUUUGGCGCUGAGAUCAAGGAGCCCAUCCUCGGCUAUGUCAUACCCUUGUCCUCCUUCACGGUCCCCUGCGCAGCGAACACAACCACCCUCGAUCCCGCGGAGAACUGGGGCUGCCCCAAGCUCUGCCUUGUGGGCGAUAAGUCCCCCGAACCAUCGGAAACCUGGAUUGCGCUCGUGCAACGUGGAAAGUGCGAGUUUGUGAAGAAGGUGCGCGAGGCGCAGAGGCUCGGGGCCCGCGCGGUCAUCGUUGGCGGGGACGACCCGAAUAUCUCUGGGUAUCCGGACACGCUGGUCAGCAUGUACAGUCCUGAGGACGCGUCCGAUAUACGUAUCUCCGCGACGUAUGUCAAGCACUCGGACUACUCGACGCUCUCCAGCCUCAUUGCCUCCUCGAACACGUCCCACUCCGGCAUGAACACGCUCCCGGUUCUCAUCACCGCUGAGUAUUCCGCCUGGGAAUGGUACUCCCCUAUCAUCACGUUCAUCGCCAUCCUGCUUCUGCCAUCCGUCUUGACGUUUUUGACGCUCAUCAUCCACCGCUUCCGGGCCGCGCGGGCGGCACGACGCGAUCGCGCGCCAGAGGAUGUCGUCCGGCGGCUACCCUGGAGGGUGUGGACAGGACACGGGUGGGAGAAGCACAGGGGAAGCGAGGACGCGUACGGUGGCUCACCUUCACCUCUGCGGAAACCCGCAAACGCUCAAGCCGAUGCUAACGUCGACCUGGAAGCCGGACCUGAGGAGGAUACCCCGAAACCUGCGGAGAUCGAUAUACCCGUGGUACACGACGAACCGGCAGCGAUGGAGAAUUGCGAGAUGAUGGCGUCGUCGAGCACGCAGCUCCCGGACCAGCCGUGGUUCGAGACGCAGGCGGAGUGUGCGAUCUGCUUGUCCGACUUUGAGAAGGGCGACCGGGUGCGGGUGCUGCCUUGUCAUCACAUCUUCCAUCUGGAGGAGGUUGACGAGUGGUUGAUCCAGCGGAAGAAGCUUUGCCCCAUAUGCAAAGCGGACGUAACCCAGCCACACCACGAGCGACACAAGCAAUGCGAUGAGGCUGGCGUGCUCUCCUCCAUCCCCACUGCUCAUUCGCCACCCACCUCUACCUCACCCCUCUCUGUCUCCGCCGCCUCCCCACCGUCAGAGCACACGCCGCUCCUGCAAUCGCCCCCGGAGCACUGACGACCUAUUCACGACUAAUGUUAUCGAACUUCAAUCCUCUAUAUGAUGUGUACUAUCUCUCUUGUUACUAUAUAGGAGUGUAAUGUGUAAACCCCUUUACUGUGAUUUCUUUCGGGGAAUGGUUGGCGGGAUCAUCGUCGG